AUACCCUACCACCAGUAAAGCAGCUCUUUAUCUCAGUUGCCUACUAAGUCUGCCCGUGAAAAUGGAUCAUUGCCAUCCUGUUGAGGAAAACCUGGGUCUCAUUGAAUGCUUUAAGAGUCGUCUGAGGAAGCUGAUCAGUGUCGAACCCCUGGUGGAUCUGUUGCAUUUCCUGGGAGAUGAACAUAAGGAGUUGUUAAGAGCAAAAUUGACAACUGAAGGAAACCAGCGCGCCGUCGACCAUCUCCUGGAGACCAUCACACGAGUGCAUCGCCCUCCUGGCUGGUUCAGGGAGUUUAUCGACGGCCUCGAGACAGUCGGGUGUAGACUGGCUGCCAAAUACAUCGUCAACAGUCCACCAAGUCCCGCUCUGGAAGAAGAAAACGACCGUUGUGUCAAACUGAUCAACCUCCUCCAGUUGAGCCUGGAGAAGAUGAAAACCCGAGAUGUUUGCAUCAGCUGUUGCUCUCUUGACAUUUUAACAGAAGAAGACAGGGAGAAUAUUUUUGCAGAAACGGAGCAAUAUGGUAAUAUAAGAGGUGCCCGUUUGCUUCUCCGGAGGGUGGUGCGAAACGAGGAAGGGUGGUUUUCCACUUUCCUCAAAGCUUUGCAGGACACCGGCCACCCCCACCUGGUCAGGGAAGUCUUGGGGGAGGAUCUGGUUGACAAUGAAGAGUGUAAUCCAGAUGAGAAGCAAACAGAGGACCAAGGACAUGCUAGGGUUACAUCCCUGCUGUAUCUGUGCAACAUGGAUGAUGACUUGGAUGAAAUUGAUCUCUAUACGGAUCCCUCUGAGCAAACUGAAGAGGCCAGCGACCACAAAGUCUCUACAGAUGCUGCUUUGAAAGGAGACCAUGCUCCAGUCAAGAAGCACCCUCCAGUGCCUGCUAAAGAAACGCCCCCAUCAAGGAGCCCUGUGCUGGAAGCAAGUGCCCCAGGCCCUGGCCCCCGAUCCACCACUAGCUCCUCCUCCACCACUACCACCACUACCACUACUGCCACCGCUGCCACCGCCAGUGCCCCCACUCCAGUGGCAAAGCAGACACUGCCACAGCGGUCUCUCAGCGAACUGCUGAUGGUUGAGGACUGGGAACGCGAGACGGAGAGUAAUCCGUUUCAUUUAGACCCGUACGAGUACGACUUACUCAAUAAUGGCGGUGGUGGCGGCAUCGGCAUAUAUGAUGCGUAUGAUGAAGACUUGUGGAAUGCAGGCGAUGCGGGUUGUCCAUGGGACCAAUGGGAUGACUUAACCCGCCCGCCAAGCGCUACUUUGGAAGAUUAUGACCCGUACUGAUACUACUGGCAUCACAUUACACCUAUCCUAUAGGCUGCCUAUACAUAGAGAGAGAUAUGAAUGACAGUUCAUGCUAUUGGCUACCAGCAACAUGUAUUCACAGACACGGAAGAAAGUGCAAAAAGCUCUCUCUCUCUCUCUCUCUCUCUCUCUCUCUCUCUCUGAACCAAGAGUUUCAAUUCCGGCCCGAGGUCAUUUGCC